CCGAGCGCAACGCUAGAAGGCUUCGUUCGGGGACUAAGUACGCCGGUGUGAGCUUAUGUGAGAUCAGGAUUGCGAGAGUCAGCGUUAAAAGAUUGCGCGAAGUGGGCACUGUUGCGCUGCUGACGGACCUCAGUGGCUAAACCGUGUGGUGUGGAAUAUUGUCCCGACGCCUUUAACGGGUGGACGGUUGAUUCAUUUUCGUGGAGCACUGCGUUUUCCGGCGUAAGUUGCGGGCUGUUGGUGUCGGGGAGCGCCCUCAGGGGGCACUCGAGCCCCGGGCUGUGGUCGCUCCUCUCGGAGGUGCGCUGCGGACUGCUCCGGCCCGAAUCAGCCAAUCAGCGCUGCCGGCCGCCACCGCGUCUCCGUCACCAUGGCAGCGCCGCGGCUGCCGCCGCUGCCGUCCGUUCGCGAUCUGCUGCGCCUGUACCGGCUGCGCGCCGUGCAGCAGCUGUCGCAGAACUUCCUGCUGGACGGCGGCACGUGCAGCCGUCUGGCACGUGCCGCCGGCCCGCUGCGCGACGCGCACGUGUGUGAGGUGGGGCCCGGCCCGGGCAGCGUCACCCGCGCCGUGCUGGCGCAGCGGCCGGCCUCGCUCACGCUCGUGGAGAAGGACACGCGCUUCCUGCCGGCGCUGCUGAUGCUGCGAGAGGCGGCCGCCCCCUGCCCGGUCAACAUUGUCGCCGGCGACGUGCUGCGCUACGACAUGUCAGCGACGUUCCCCGUGGAGCCGACGCCGUGGGAGCAGCCCUGCACGUCGGCCUACAUCAUCGGCAACCUGCCGUUCAGCAUCAGCACCCCGCUGGUGGUGCGCUGGCUGCGCGACAUUUCCCGCCGCGAGGGCGCCUGGCGCACGGGCCGCGUGCGGAUGGCACUCACCUUUCAGAAGGAGGUGGGCGAGCGGAUGGCGGCCGAGGCCGGCGACGAGCAGCGCUGCCGUCUGUCGGUGGUGGCGCAGGCCUUCUGCCACGUGCAGUACCGCUUCACCAUCGGCGGCCACGUGUUCACGCCGCGGCCGCGCGUGGACGCGGCCGCUGUGGUGCUGACCCCGCUGCGCCAGCCGCGCAUCCCGCUGCACUUCCGCACCGUGGAGAAGGUGGCCCGCUGCCUCUUCCACAUGCGCCAGAAGACGAUCGUGAGUGGGGCCGGGUGGCCGCGCUGCGCGGCGUGGCAGAUCCUGUACCCGGAGCCGGCGCGCAGCCAGCUGGCGCUGGACACGCUGGCGCUGGCCGACCUGGACGCCACCUGCCGGCCGUACCAGUGA